UUGACAUUAAGGAGACGGACGGAGAGGAUCCUGUCCAAUGCUUCGGCGAGGAGACACGGCACAACCCGCUGAUCCUCACACCGAACCGGAUCCAGGCUCGCACACACACCCAGCAGACCCGGGUCCACACGGAUGGACAGAGGGACUCCGCAAUCCGAAUUAACUUGUGAGCCGGUGCGAGGGAUUCCUGGACACCAUGGGGAACGCGACACCUAAACCCCUGAUAGAUGCGACUCUGCAUCCCCGCCCAGUGGCCAGCAGGCAGUACUACACCCUUCCCAACACUGGUGUGGAGAGGAGGACGUCUGCUCCCCCGGUCAGCAUCAAUGUGGAGUCGCCCCGGUUUCACCCUCACGCCAAAGGCAAGAACAUCCGGCUGGACGGGCAGCUCCGCCGAGCCACUCGCAAGAACAGCUUCUGUAACGGCAUCACGUUCAGCCAUCGACCCGUGCACCUCUAUGAGAAGGUGCGUCUUCGUCUGAGCGGUGUGCACACGGGCUGGAGCGGAGCCCUACGCUUCGGAUUCACCAGUCUGGACCCGAGGGAACUGGUCGCCACUGACAUCCCAAAGUACGCCUGCCCGGACCUGGUGACCAGGCCCGGCUACUGGGCCAAAGCUCUGCCAGAGAGACUGGCCUUGAAGGACAAUGUGCUGGCUUUCUGGGCCGAUCGCCAUGGAAGAGUUUUCUACAGCAUGAAUGACGGAGAGCCCAUCCUCUUCCACUGCGGGCUCAGCAUUGGCUGUCCACUCUGGGCCAUCAUAGAUAUCUACGGCAUCACCCAGGAGGUCACGUUGCUCGAAAGCACGUUUGCUGAGAGCGUUGGCUCCAGCUGCCUGAGCGCGGCCCGCCUGAGCGCCUAUCUGCCCCAGAGUAACCACGACUCGGCCAAUUACAGCAACAAUCAGCUGGAGAACAACCAGACCGCGGCUGCCAAGAUGGCCAACCUCCAGCUCAAUAACUACGCUCAGCUCAUCCCCUGCUGCUCAUCCACCUCCUCCUCCUCCAUCACGCCGUCCUCAUCUGCCUCCACUGGAUUCAGCGUCCCGCGGGUGGUCAGGGGCCUCCCGUCCCCGCUGGACAAUGACUUGCACUUUCACCCCGUCCGCGGCUCGGACGUGAUACUCUCUGCCGACCGCUCGGCAGCCUGCAUCCACUUUCUGGACAGCAGUCGGACUCUGGUGUUCAGCGACCGGCCGCUGCACGUGGGUGAGACUUUGUACGUGGAGGUCGGCCACCUGGGCCUGCCCUACUUCGGGGCGCUGUUGUUUGGUUUAACCUCCUGCGACCCGGCCAGUCUGCACGCCGGGGACCUGCCUGCGGACCCCGAGGUUCUGCUGGACCGUAAAGAGUACUGGGUGGUGCACCGGGACUUUCCCAUGCCUUGCUCUGGAGACGUGCUCAGCUUCAGCCUGCUGCCCAGCGGAGAGGUGCACCACGGCGUGAACGGAGUGGGACGGGGCCGGCUGAUGUGUGUGGACUCCUCUCAGGUCCUCUGGGUCUUUUUCACUCUGCACGGCGCUGUCAACAGACUCAGGAUACUUGGAACUCUGCAGUCCAGUCCUCCCUCCGCGUCCCCCAGCACUUCUCAGAGCAGCAGUCCAGAUGACAGUGACUCAGACCUGGCGUUCAGCGUCAACAGAUCCUCCUCUGCCUCUGAAUCCUCUCUGGUGACUGCUCCGAGUUCCCCUCUCAGCCCUCCCGUCUCCCCCACUCUCACUGCCUCAGACCUGCCCUCUGCUGGGAAAAACGGCGAGUGCAGCAUCUGCUUCGACCAGGAUGUGGACACCGUCAUCUACACCUGCGGUCACAUGUGUCUGUGCAACGACUGCGGGCUGAAGCUAAAGAGACAGAUCAACGCGUGCUGCCCCAUAUGCAGGAGGCCCAUCAAAGAUGUAAUCAAGACUUACCGGCCGUGAUGGGCCAGAUGCUCAGACAGCUGUCACUGGACACCACCUGUUUCUCCUUCUCAGGCUUUUUUCGGACACAGAACUGACCCAGGACCUAACUGUGCCUAUAUAUCCAUGUAGUCUGUAUGGGUCAAUCAUAUCUGGAAGUAGACCAGGAUCUUCAUAACGCAGAACUGUGAUAAAGCUCAUCGUGACACAUAGACUGCAAACGAGCUUCUAUAUUUUGGAGCUUCUAAGAGUAAAAGAUGAACCAUGUGCUCCUAUUUUGUAUUUUCCAUGUAUUUGCUGAGCUGUGAACAUUUUUCUCCUAACCCCACAUUGCCCCAGAUAUAUGUGUGCUUCAGCAGAGUAUGCGGACCGUAGUCUAAGAACUCUAGUGCCUUAGAUUUUGUCACAUUGUGUGUCCAAUAAUAAUGCUAACAACCGUAGCCAUAUUUCAAUGUACAGUACCGUGAUGGUGUGGUGAGAGAGGCGCACAGAUAAAGACUUUAUGCAAAAAAGGGUGAAUAGUAAGUGGAAGGAUGCAGCUGAAUGUGAGUGACUUGAAGAGACGUGUGUUUGGAACGAAUAAAAUGAAGAAUCUGGUUUUUGCACCUUGAGAGACUAAUAAAUGUGGAAUAUGUGUGAUUUAAAAA